UUAUCUCAUGACACUUUCCAAUUUGAGCAGGUCUAGACCAGACUCUUUAAUUAAAUUGUAAAUAGAGAGAGCCCAACAUUCCUCCCUGAGCAAGCACUUGGCGACAGUGGCGAGGAAAAACUGCCUUAAUGUACAAAACCUCCCACUUCUUGAUUUCUUCCUUGUUCGCAUUGUAUUUUGUUUGUGCGCCCCCUGGUGCUUCGGGGAAUACUGCAACUAACAGCGCGUUGAACACAGAGGUCAGAGUACCGGCCUGGACAGGAACGUCCCAAUCAGACUGCGCUGCGUCAUUCACUGAGGCUCGCGCGACAAGCAAAGCUUUAACAGAGAUUGCGUCGGUCUCAGAACACUGCAAGACGUUCCGGUAUUGACUUGUGUACCAGGGGGCAAAAUACCCGUCGUCGAUGAACAUGGCCAGUACAGAGGGAAAUAAACUUUGGGGAGGUCGUUUCGUGGGAGACACCGAUCCUGUUAUGGAGAACUUCAACAAAUCCAUCGGUUAUGACCAGAAGAUGUGGGAUGCUGACAUCCGAGGGAGCAAAGCGUAUGUGAAGGCUCUGGAAAAGGCAAGGCUCGUCACCACGGACGAGAUGAACCAGAUUUCACGCGGGCUGGAUCAGAUCUCUGAAGAGUGGUCCAAAGGUGUUUUUGUGAUCAAACCUGGAGAUGAAGACAUUCAUACAGCCAAUGAGCGCAGGCUGAAGGAGCUGAUUGGUGCACCCGCAGGAAAGCUGCACACUGGCAGGAGCAGAAACGACCAGGUUGUCACUGACAUGAGGCUGUGGCUGCGGGAUGCCAUCUCAACCCUGGCAGACGACGCCGUACAGCUGAUCUCGACCAUGGUGGAGCGGGCAGCAGUAGAAAUUGAUGUCCUGUUUCCUGGUUACACACACAUGCAGAGAGCCCAGCCAAUCAGAUGGAGCCACUGGAUCUUAAGUCAUGCUGUUGCUCUGAGCAGAGAUGUGGACCAGCUUCAGCAGAUCAAGAAAAGAGUGAAUGUUUUACCUCUCGGCAGUGGCGCCAUCGCUGGGACACCGUUUGACAUUGACAGGGAGAUGCUGCGUAAAGAGUUGGACUUUGAUGACAUCAGUCUAAACAGCAUGGAUGCCACGGGCCAAAGGGACUUUGUUGUGGAGUUCUUGUUCUGGGCUUCCUUGUGUUUGACCCAUCUCAGUAAGAUGGCUGAGGACCUGAUGCUGUACAGCACAAAGGAGUUCUCCUUCAUCACACUCUCUGAUGCCUACAGCACAGGCAGCAGUUUGAUGCCCCAGAAGAAGAACGCUGACAGUCUGGAGCUGAUCAGGAGCAAAGCAGGUCGUGUUUUUGGCAGAUGCGCAGGGUUCAUGAUGACGCUGAAGGGCCUGCCCAGCACCUACAACAAAGACCUGCAGGAGGAUAAGGAAGCCAUGUUUGACUGCUAUGAUACUGUUCAUGCUGUGCUGCAGGUGACGGCUGGAGUCAUGUCAACGCUCAAGAUCGACCAGACUGUGAUGGAAGCCGCCCUGAGUCCUGACAUGCUGGCUACUGACUUGGCCUAUUACCUUGUGAGGAAGGGGGUGCCAUUCAGAGAGGCCCAUGGUAUGUCUGGUAAAGCUGUGUUCACAGCUGAAUCCAGAAAUAUUCCUCUGAAUCAACUCACUGUGGAGGACCUGAGUGCUAUUAGCCCUCUGUUUGACAGUGACGUGUCCUCAGUGUGGGACUACAGGAGCAGUGUGGAGCAGUAUAGCGCCCCCGGAGGCACCGCCAAGAGCAGCAUUGCCGCGCAGGUGGAACACCUGAGGAUCUGGCUUAAGAAACUGGCACAGUGACCUCGACCGAAUUUCACCUUAAAAUUAUGAAUCAGAUUUGCUGUAUGGAAUAAGCAUGAAAUGUGGGGUUGAGGUUGAAGUGCCUUUUUUUGCCUCUUCAAAUUUGGGAUGUUUCAAAAUAAGGUGGGAAAAACAAAAGUUCAUCAAAUUGGGUUUACAACCUUAUCUAAUUAAGUCUGAUUGAUUUCUACACCACAGGGAUUUUCAUCUUCCUGUCUAACCCUGUCUAAAGGAUCGAGUUGUUGCUCUUUAAUGGUGCAGAAAGAGUCGAGACAACAACAAACGUGUGAACGUCCAUAAUUCUAAUAUUAAAUGUAAAUGUGUUCUAGUUUUCUACUUGAUUUAAUGUACAUAUGAUUUUGCCAAUGUACAGUUAACCUCAUAAAGCUGACCUGCACAUGAGAACAAAAUGGUGGGGUAAGGCAGGUUUUUUGUGGAGUUUUUGGGGGUUUUAUACAUAAACUUGCUCAAUAAGCAGGUCACAUUCUAUUGACAGAAAAUCAACAAUUAUUAUUAUCAUGAAAAACCCAAUUGGAGGAUUCCUAAUGCCAACUUGUUAAAGACUCACUGGUUAUCCUACACUGGUUAAAAUAAAUUCAUUGGUUGUACUGGC